AUGGAAGUUCCGCCUUCCACGCCGUGUUGCGCGGCCAGCCAUCCAGACCGGUACAGCAGCGGCCAUUCCUCAUGCCUAAGCUCCUCCGCGUGCAGGGAAGCCGCCUCGCCGGACGGCGAGUGGAACCUGCGCGAAGCGGGGGGUGGCGCAGGCGGAGGUCCUUCCGCGCGCGGGGGAUCUUCCGCCGUUCUUCCGCAGAAGCGGCGGGAGCCGCCUUCCGCGCAGAGGGACCGCGCGGAGUGCCGGUGGCGCGGUGCAUGGUGUGUUUGUGCCUGUGCCGAGUCUACGAGGACGUGGAGCGGUGCUGCGAGCCCUCAAGCCAUGUAUCACUCCCCCCACCCCAUCCCUCAUGCUUCCACGGCAGGCUCGGCGCGCUGCAUGGUGUGUUUGUGCCUGUGCCGCGUGUAUGAGGACGUGGAGCGGUGCUGUGAGCCGGGCAAGGCAUGUGCGCGCUUCCCCUACCACACGUGGCAGUGGACUUCCGCCUGCCCCCACAACUCCCCGUACUCCGUUCCCCCCACCUUCCCCCUCCCCCAUCUGCAGCAAGGCAUGUGCGCCCUGCCCCUGCCCCACGUGGCAGUGGAUUUCCGCCUGCCCCCCGCCAUCCCCCUCUCUGUGGACCUGGAGGAGAGGGACGAUGGGACCUUACCAGUUGCAGCCCGGGAGUUCAAGCCGCGCUACAUCCACAUCAACUCGAACAUACACCUGCGGCCUCCGCCAGUGAUGGAUGACGAGGACAUGGGGUGCGAUUGUAAAGGGGGGAGCAACACCGCGUGUGGGGACGACUGCAUGUGCCGGGCGCAAUACCUGAGCUGCACCAAUCGCUGUGGGUGCCACGGGGGGUGCUGCAACAGGCCCUUCAGUCGCCCAAAGAGGCUUGAUAUCGUGCAAACGCAGCGCUGUGGGUGGGGAGCCAUGGCAGCAGAGCCCAUCAAGGCGGGCGAGUUCAUUGUUGAAUACGCCGGUGAAGUAAUUGACGAUGCGAUGUGCGAAGCCCGGUUGUGGGCCAUGCGGGCGGGGGGAGCAACGGAUUUCUACAUGUGUGAAGUGAGCCGCGACGUGGUUAUCGAUGCCACCUUCCGUGGGGGGCACGGCCGCUUCGUCAACCACAGCUGCGCCCCUAACGCCGAGCUGCAGAAGUGGCUAGUGGAGGGGCAUGUGCGGGUGGGCAUUUUCGCCAUCAAGGACAUUGCAGUGGGCACAGAAGUGGCGUAUGAUUACAGAUUUGUGAGCUUCGGCCCGAACAAAGCUUGCCAGUGCGGUGCAGAGCGGUGCCGAGGAGUUAUCGGGGCCAACCCUCCAACCACAGCAACAGCCACUCCUGCCGCACCUGCGCCUGCCAAACCAGAGAGGCAGGCUGGGACUGUACCUAGGGCGAAGCCCUGGAAUAAAGCGGCAGGGGAAGGGGCAGGGGCGAGAACAAAGGGGUUGCUUUGGGGCACAAGGGGUGCGAGAUCAAGACGUAUGUUGACGCAUCUGUCUCCCCCCUGGUGGCAGCAGCACCAGCAGCAGUGGCUGCUACACCACCUCGUAACGUGA